AUGUCAUUUGCCAGCGUGUCUCUCGUCGGCGAUGGCAAGGCCGUCGGCCACGCCAUCGACAUCCCCACUGCCAGUGGGUACCACCUGCUUGUGGUUAACCGCUACUCGCACACCAAAGCCACUAUAUCCAAUGGCACGAAGAUCGUCUCUCUCCCUUUCAUGAUAGGAAGUCAUCGUUGGCGCAUCAGCUACUAUCCUAAUGGCGACCGCUCAGGGAGCGCCGACUCAAUAUCUCUCUUUCUACGUCUUCUUGACGAAGAUGUUGCAGAGGCUUUAAACGUGCAGUCCAUUUUUAGUUUUGUCGACGACCAUGAGAAGCAAGAUUCAGCAUAUAUACGUGCAAGCAAGGCAGAUAUCUUCUCAAGCUGUAAGAGAUGUUGGGGUUACAAGAAUUUCAUGAAAAGAGACGUCCUUGAGAAAUCAAAGCAUCUAAAGGAUGAUUGUUUAACCAUCCGAUGUGACGUCGCCAUUGCCACGACAGUUGAUCUCUUCAUCAAGGUACCGCCUUCUAGUAUAAAACAGCAUAUUAGUGACCUCCUCCUGUCCAAGAAGGGCACAGACAUGACAUUCAUGGUGUGUGGUGAGAAGUUUGCUGCCCAUCGAUGCAUGCUUGCAGCUCGAUCUACAGUCUUCAAGGCGGAGCUGUUUGGAUCCAUGAAGGAGCGCAAAAUAGGAAGCGUCAUAGAUGUAGAAGAUGUGGAGGCAAAAGUGUUUGGUGCCUUGCUUAACUUUAUUUACACCGAUUCACUGCCUGACAUGGAGAUAGACAUGUCGGAGGAUGAAGGAGAAGCCCAAGAAGCACUGUGGUUGCAACACUUGCUUGCAGCGGCCGAUAGAUAUGCUCUCCAAAGGCUGAAAGCACUCUGUGAAGAAAAGUUGUGCACUCACAUAAACGUGAGCUCGGUGACGACUAUUCUCACUCUAGCUGAGCAGCACAGCUGUUGUGGAUUGAAGGAGGUUUUUUUUGAGUUCAUAAAGACUCCGGCUAAUUUGAAGGAGAUAACGGCUGCUGACGGCUUGGAGGAAAUAACUAGAACCUGCCCAUCUCUUCUAAAGGAGCUCAUUGCUAAGUUCGCUUCCUAA